UUGUUAGUUCAUAAAAUAAACACGAGAGAGAGAGAGAGAGAGAGAGAGAGAGAGAGAGAGAGAGAGAGACGUUUAAUAUUCAACGAAGAGAAGUUUUAAAACCCAAAGAGCUUAAGCAGUAAUCACAUGGAAGAAGAGCUGCCUGCUCCGUUACGCCCUCAUCCUCACCUUCUUAUUACUUCUUCCUCACUAAUUAGGGUUUUCUAAUUAUUUUCCCUUUCCACCUCUCUCAUUUCCCUAAAGACCGCGUCACCGUGGUUCCACUUUCUCUUUCUCUAUCCUUCCUUUUGAUUUUGAAUUCAGCUAUUUGGAAGGGAGGAGAAGUGAAAUUUCUUAAUUGAGGUGAAUUCUGUGGUUUCUUUUUUUUCUGCGAGAAUAUACAGGUUGCGAAAUGGAGGAGAGUGUGAUUUUUCAGUGGAGUGUGUUUAGAUCUCUGCUAGCUAUUCUCCAAUGGUGGGGUUUCAAUGUUACUGUUAUUAUCAUGAACAAAUGGAUCUUCCAGAAACUGGAUUUCAAGUUUCCGCUAACAGUAUCUUGCAUCCAUUUCAUAUGCUCAUCCAUUGGAGCAUAUGUGGUAAUCAAGGUUCUGAAGAUCAAACCGUUGAUAGUGGUUGAACCUGAAGAUCGCUGGCGAAGGAUAUUUCCCAUGUCGUUUGUGUUUUGCAUCAACAUAGUGCUGGGGAAUGUGAGCUUACGAUUCAUUCCAGUUUCGUUUAUGCAAACAAUAAAGUCAUUUACUCCUGCAACCACAGUUGUUUUACAGUGGCUAGUUUGGAGAAAAUAUUUUGACUGGCGAAUUUGGGCUUCUUUGGUACCAAUUGUUGGAGGAAUCCUUCUAACAUCAGUUACUGAGCUUAGUUUUAAUAUGUUCGGAUUUUGUGCUGCCUUAUUUGGAUGUUUGGCCACUUCAACAAAGACUAUUCUUGCAGAAUCUCUGCUGCACGGAUAUAAAUUUGACAGCAUAAACACCGUGUACUACAUGGCACCUCUUGCAACCAUGAUCUUGGGAUUACCAGCAAUCUUGGUUGAAGGUAGCGGGGUUAUAAAUUGGUUUUACACCCACGAAGCUGUCUGGUCUUCCCUCAUCAUCAUUUUAAGCUCUGGGCUGCUGGCCUUUUGUCUCAACUUCUCCAUCUUUUAUGUGAUUCAUUCCACAACUGCAGUAACAUUUAAUGUUGCUGGAAAUCUUAAGGUUGCAUUUGCUGUUCUAAUUUCCUGGAUGAUAUUCCGGAACCCGAUAUCUGUCAUGAAUGCUGUUGGAUGUGCCAUUACACUUGUAGGGUGUACAUUCUAUGGGUAUGUGAGGCACUUGCUCUCCCAACAGCCUCCACCACCAGGAACACCCAAGACUCCGAGGAAUCGGAUGGAAUUACUUCCCCUUGUAAAUGACAAAUUGGAUGAUAAGGUCUGAUUGAGAGGUCAUGGUAUUGAGGCCCUGCGCAGUUGGCAUAGGAGGGGUGAUUUGAAGAGAAGAAUGAGAACUUCACUUUGUCGUGUGGGCCUCCAUUAGAUCACUCAAAAUUUUUACUGAUGUUCUUUUCCCCGCACAGAAAUAGAAAUCAUUCAGUUUUUGGCCAGUGGUCUAAUAUUUAUUUAUAUUUGAUAAAUCAGCCUUUUUGCA